AUGCAAUCUGCUCGAACGUGUGGAAAAUGUGAGUCCGGAGGGGCGACAGAACAGAUGGUCGGAUGCGAUCUGUGUGAUACGUGGUUCCAUCCCGACUGCGUUGGAAAAACCCAGCACGAUUUUAACCCUGAUAAGAGCUGGAGGUGCAGUCGUUGUGUUGAUGAUGAAGCCACGGAAUUAGCCAGUCAACACACUCAUAAGUCAGUGAGAAGUGCAGCGAGCAGUAAAGCGCGAAAGGAGUUGCUGCUGAAACAGCUCGAAGAGCAGCGCGCAUUGCAGCUGAAGCAGCGUGCUGAGGAGGAUGAGAUUCGACGAAAACGAGCUGAAGAGGACGAUGCUUUUCUCCAGCAAAAGAUGAAUAUCAUCCUGGAGGACGACAACGAGAGUAGCAGAAGCAAAUUGAGCAGUAGGGUGAGUCGAGAAAAGGUUGCGACGUGGCUUAACGGCGGACAAAGCGGUGAAACAGUACCAACAAAAAAAUCGCCGCCUCUCGGAGCAAUCCCACGACCGCAAGUGCUGGGAAUUAUUGCAUCGGUCCCAGAUGCAACACAAGAUGCACCCGAACUGCAACCGAAAAUUCCGACGUCGACAUCUACGCCGAAUUCAAGAAUCGGUGCGACUCCCCUUCAAGCAACGGUCCUACAGUCAAAUGCGCCAAUUCAAGUUGGUGCUAUUCCUUCGUUUUCAAACCAGGCAGGAUCGGGUUAUGUAACAAACGCCCGUCAGAAGUCUGCAAUUCCAACGUUCUAUGGGGGUGGUCAAUCACUAUUUGGCUCGUCACAAAUACCACAAGUUAGCAGUUUUACUGGAAAUUUUGGAAUCCAACCUGGAAUUGCUUCGUUCGGAAAUGUACCAAACGGUCAAAUGCAACCGGUUACUUUAUCAAAUUUGCAAAUCCCGGUGGCAUCAACACUAGGUAACCCGGCUAUGGCGCCCGGACAGCAAAAAUCUGUUACAUUUUUGUCUUCGGAAACCACGGGUCAACAAGCACCAAUGUUAGUAGCACCUGUGGAAACAAGUCCGCCAGAUCCCCAGGGACUGGGAGUACCGCGCCCUAGCCAGUUGGGCCAACAAGUUCCUAUCAUUCUGCCACAACUAGGACCACAAGCAAGUGCCUGGGGCAAUCCGCUGACGGCAAAUGCGAGCGGAUGGGUACCACAACACACAUUAGAUGCAUCUCAGCCAAUAUUGCACGGUGUUGCGGUUUCGAACCAAAUCGCCCCCACUGGGGCGCAACUAGCGGCACGACAAGUAAUGCCGCGAGAAUUACCCAUCUUUUCCGGGGAUCCACAGGACUGGCCGUUGUUUUCCAGUUCAUUUUACAAUACCACGGUGGCCUGCGGGUUUACAGAUGCGGAGAACCUGGCAAGACUUCAGCGUUGUUUAAAAGGUCACGCAUUGGGUUCGGUGAAGAGCCGUUUGCUUAUGCCACAAUCAGUGCCACACGUCAUGGAAACCUUACGGAAUCUGUACGGAAGGCCGGAAAUAUUAAUCCACAGCUUGUUAAACGGACUGCGGAACGUGUCACCGCCGAGAACGGAGAAUCUGCAGUCGAUAAUAUCCUUCGGCAUGGCGGUACGCAACUUGGUUGACCACAUGUAUGUGGCGCAACUCAUGGAUCACCUUCGAAACCCGAUAUUACUUCACGAACUGGUGGAGAAACUACCGUCACAGAUGAAGAUGCAGUGGUCAUGGUACAAGCGGUCACAGAUGGAUGUCAACCUGGCGACAUUCGGAGAUUUCAUGACCGAGCUAGUCAAUACAGCGUCGGACGUGACUCUAUUAGUGGACACUCCGAGCCAGCAGUCAAGACCAAGCAAAUCGGGACGGGAUAAACAGAAACUGUACGUGCAUGCAGAAACAGAAGAUAAUCACGCAAUGACGAUAAGCAAUGUUGAAAAGUCGAAGUCGUUAACAGCACUGGACAUAGGCAAGAAAUGCUGUUCGUACUGUACAAACGAGAAACACGAAAUAGCAGGAUGUGCACAGUUUAAUGCAUUGGAUCUGGAUGGAAGGUGGAAGGCAAUUCGUUCCAAGGGUUUAUGCAGGACGUGCUUGAUCUUGCACCGAAAGUGGCCGUGCCGUUCCGGAAGGGAAUGCGGAGUCGAUGGCUGCCGCCUGCGCCAUCAUGCACUAUUACAUUCACGGGCUGCUUCGGCGGGCGCAACUGUACGGAACAGGUCAAUAAACAAAUCGACCGGUGAAAAUGUCGCCCAACAGAAUCACCACUCGACGCGAAAUUUUUGUCUCUUUCGCUAUUUGCCGGUGACACUCGAAAGAAACGGCAAGGAAAUCGAGACGUUUGCUUUUCUAGACGACAGAUGUCAAACUACUCUUAUGGAGAUCGGGCUGGCAGCGGAUUUAGGCAUCGAAGGUCCAGCUGAAUCUCUCUGGCUUGGGUGGACAGGAAAUAUUACUCGGGAAGAGAAAGGAUCACAACGUAUAUCGGUCGAAAUAUCAGGUAGUGGGCUUAGGAGCCAGUUCAAGUUGAACAAUGUGCGGACGGUGCAGAAGCUCAACCUUCAAGGACAGUCGUUCCAGUACGACGAAUUGCAGAAGUUGUAUCCCCAUUUGCGGGGACUUCCGCUGCGCAGCUAUGUGAAUGCAGUCCCCAGAAUUAUAAUAGGAAUCGAACAUGCACAACUCUUAACGAGUUUGAAGGUACGGGAAGGCAGAACAAAUGAACCAGUGGCCAUGAAAACACGAUUAGGUUGGUGCGUGUACGGGAAACAAGCUGGAGAUUCCGCAGCGGUCGAACAACUACACGUUCACACGGAGGAGCAGAUGGGGAACCGUGAGCUGCACGAGUUGAUGAAGCAGUAUUUCAAAAUCGAAGAAGCCGUAGUAUCAACUCCAAUCGAGUCCGCAGAUGACACUCGAGCACGCGCGAUUCUAGAGCAUACGACACGCAGAACAACUGACGGCUUCGAGACUGGUUUACUUUGGAAAUAUGAUCAACAGUCCUUCCCGAACAGCUACCCGCUUGCUCUGCGUAGGUUACAGUCGCUGGAGAAACGACUUGACAAAGAUCCGGAUCUGCGAGGGCGAGUGAUGCAGCUAAUCAAGGAGUAUGAGGUGAAAGGGUAUAUGCACCAGAUCACACAGGAGGAGCUUGAGUCGUCCGAUACUAACCGGGUAUGGUACCUACCGCUGGGUGUAGUGCGGAAUCCAAAGAAGCCGGAAAAAGUUCGUCUUAUCUGGGACGCUGCGGCACGAGUGCAUGGUAUGUCCCUCAACGACAUGCUUCUGAAAGGGCCAGAUAUGCUGACGUCAUUGUUUGCUGUUCUGUUACGUUUCCGGCAAAGAACUGUCGCAGUAUGUGGAGACAUUCGCGAGAUGUUUCACCAAAUCCGCAUCAUCGCGAAGGACAAACAAUCCCAAAGAUUCCUGUUCCGCGAGCAUCGAGACGCAUCGCCACAGAUCUACGUGAUGGAUGUGGCCACUUUCGGUGCCACAUGCUCUCCAUGUUCAUCCCAGUUCAUUAAGAACAAGAACGCACGAGAAUUCGAGCAGCAGUAUCCCAGAGCGGUCGCAGCCAUCAUCAACGCUCAUUACGUGGACGAUUUCCUCGACAGUGUGGAUACUGUUAAAGAAGCGGUGGAGUUGGUGACGGAAGUCAAACACGUGCACGCACAGGCUGGUUUCGAGAUCAGAAACUUCUUGUCGAAUUCGCAGGAAGUCUUACAGCAACUUGGUGAAACUCAGAAUAUCCAGGACAAGUCUCUAAAUCUGGACGUUUCCAUAUAUGCCGAGCGCGUAUUGGGAAUGGUAUGGAAACCCACCGUAGAUCUGUUUACGUUCGACACGUCUCUAAAGGUGGAUCUGGAGAUGCUCUUAGCACAGAACAGCACGCCAACAAAACGGCAAGUACUACGGCUGGUGAUGUCAUUGUUCGACCCGUACGGAUUUAUCGCCCAUUUCGUCGUUCACGGAAAAAUCCUGAUGCAGCAUAUUUGGAGAACUGGCACAGAUUGGGACGAUGAAAUUACGACAGAAUUACACGAAAUGUGGAAUAAUUGGACUUGUCUACUAAAUCGGCUGGGCGAGGUCGAAGUUCCUCGUUGUUUCUUCGGCGAAGCAAGCAGUAAGCUGCCCGCUAGCAUUCAGUUACAUCUCUUCGUCGACGCGAGUGAGCUUGCGUAUGCGUGUGUGGCUUACCUUCGAAUCGUUCAAGCUGGGUUAGUUCGCUGUGUUUUGGUAGCUGCAAAAACCAAGGUAGCGCCAUUGAAGCCGCUCUCUAUUCCGCGGCUCGAAUUACAGGCUGGCGUGAUAGGUUGUCGCUUGAUCGAAGGAAUAUGUGCAGCGUUGAAUCUCCCAAUCGAAGGGCGAUAUAUAUGGACAGAUUCUACAACUGUGCUAGCCUGGAUCAGAUCCGACAGCCGCCGUUAUCAUCCGUAUGUGGCGUUCCGGGUCGGCGAAAUCCUGAAUAGCACCAACGUCGACGAAUGGUAUCACGUACCCUCCAAACAGAACGUGGCUGAUGUAGCCACAAAGUGGGGAAAUGGACCGGACUUCAAUCCAAGUAGCAUAUGGUACACCUCGACAGCGUUUCUGUACCGGCCGAUGGUGGAGUGGCCGAAGCAAGCCGAGAGACAGUGGACUACGAAUGAAGAACUUCGAGCAGUAUUUCACCACCACAGAGAACUACCAUUGUCUCUGAUUGAUGUUAGCAGGUUUUCAAAUUGGGAUCGAUUGCUGCGAGCGGCAGCAUACGUACAACGAGCAGUGCAGAAGUUUCGUGGACAAGAGUUCUCGACGAAGUUGACCAGCGAUGAUCUGCUGCGGGCCGAGAACUUCCUUUGGCGACAAGUGCAGCGCCAAUCCUAUGCCGACGAAUAUUGUACGCUGCUAUACAACAAGCAACACCCCGAAGUAACACCGAAGCAGCUCGAUAAGUGUAGCGCUCUGUACAAGGAAUCACCAUUCUUGGACGAUGCAGGGGUAAUCAGGAUGAACAGCCGAAUUGGGGCUGCACCUACCACCCCAUUUGAAGCUAAGUAUCCAAUCAUCUUGCCGAAAGAUCACCGUUUAACGCACCUCCUUGUUGACAGCUACCAUCGACGUUUCAUGCACAUCAACAACGAUACGGUAUUCAACGAGAUUCGACAGCGGUUCAGAAUUCCGCAACUGCGCCCAGUCAUCAAGCGUGUCGUCAAAAAUUGCCGGCGUUGUAUGGUUAAGAAGGCAAUACCCCAGCCGCCGAUGAUGGCGCCACUUCCAGAAGUUCGACUUACACCACACAUUCGUGCAUUCAGCUACACCGGCGUAGACUACUUCGGUCCAAUUAUGGUUAAGCAGAAUCGCAGCUUGGUGAAACGCUGGGUGGCACUUUUCACCUGCCUCACUAUACGUGCGGUCCACCUGGAGGUUGUCCACAGUCUAUCGACACAGUCAUGCGUGAUGGCGAUUCGUCGAUUCGUGAGCCGGAGGGGCGCCCCAGCAGCAUUCUACUCCGACAAUGGUACGUGCUUCAAGGGGUCCAGUAACCUCCUAUCAGAACAGAUACAGAGCAUCCAUGCAAACUGCGCAGAGACGUUCACAAACGCUAGAACCAGCUGGCACUUCAACCCACCAUCAGCACCACAUAUGGGUGGAUCCUGGGAGCGGAUGGUGCGCUCCGUUAAAGCAGCCAUGGCAGCCGUCGCAGAACAUCAUCGUCAUCCUACCGAUGAGGUGCUAGAAACUGUUGUGUUGGACGCGGAAGCGAUGGUUAAUUCGCGACCGCUAACUUACGUUCCGCUAGACAACGUCGAUCAAGAGGACCUCACGCCCAACCACUUCUUGCUUUACGGUGCUCAAGGUGUCAUCCAACCAAGAACAGUAUUCGUAACUGAAGGCACAACACUUCGGGACAGCUGGAAGCUCACUCAGUACUUGGUGGACCAAUGCUGGAGAAGAUGGGUCCGAGAGUAUCUACCGACAUUGACCAGGCGCACCAAGUGGUUCCAACCGACUAAACCUCUGGAACCCGGAGAUAUUGUGUAUGUAGUCGAUGAGAAUAAACGCAACGGAUGGCUAAGAGGACGGAUAAUCGAGGUGCUAGCAGGAAAAGAUGGACAAGUUCGGAGAGCGGUGGUGCAGACUAGCGACGGUGUCCUCACUCGGCCGACUGUGAAACUAGCACUGUUGGAUGUUCGGUCAAACCAAGAGGAGAACGUGGAAGAGGGAUCUCCGGAACUACACGGGCAGGGGGAUGUUAAAACCGCUGUGAACAAACUAUCCGUAACGUGA